AUGGAUUGUUCAGAGGAGGACAAACGAAGGGCGAAUGUGGAGACUCUCAUGUCUUUAUUCCGUGACAAAGACUCGUCAGGAGAGUCUGCUGACUCAAAGGACAAGAAGGAGCAAGAGAAAAGGGCGAAUGUGGAGACUCUCGUGUCUUUAUUCCGUGACAAAGACUCGUCAGGAGAGUCUGCUGACUCAAAGGACAAGAAGGAGCAAGAGAAAAGAUCGGAGCUAGCCGCUUUGGACUUCAUUGAGUCAGGCUUGCCUUCAAAGGACAGCACUCUUCCUUUUGGCAUCAAAUCCUCCGUCAAUCUCCUGAACCACAUGCACAUGAAAGUGUGCUACGUGCAGCAAAAGUCUCGAGAUUCCCUCGGUGUGACUGAUCAGAUGCAGGCCCUCAGCAUUUAUGAAAAGGGGAAACACAUAGGCCAUGAAUCCAUCUUGGAGAGGGAACAUCGUUCUCCAAGUCAGAUUUCUGGUGGUGUGAAACGCCAGCUCCCUAGACUACCUGAGGCAGGUGAAUACAUCAAAGUGGUGCCCCCUCCUGGUAAGAUAAAGUUCAAGUCAGUGAAGCCAAACUCUGUGCACCUGAGCUGGGGGCGGCCGGAUGGAGUGGAGGGGCCCAAGAGCUUCAGAGUAAAGUGGAGAAAAGCAGGGGGGAGUAUGAAGUUGAAAGAUCCCUACAUCAUCAAAGAUUGCUAUAACUUUGAAAUAAACCACCUUCAACUUGGACAGCAGUAUUCAUUCAGUGUGGCCACAGAAGACGAGGGGGGUCAUUUAAGUGAAUGGAUCGAGGCCUCUGUUUCCACAGCGGUACCAGCCCCUCGACACUUAACAAAAGAACAUUUAGAGGGCACGUCUGUGUCCUUGAAAUGGACCGAUGGGGACAACAUGGAGGGAAUUACACAUCAGUUCCUUCUAACUCUCAAAAGUGAAGGCAAAGAGCCGCGAGCAAUACACACCGAAGACUGCUCCAAGAAAAUCUGUGAUUUAGAGCCAGACACAGAGUACAUCAUCGCUGUAGCGACAGUGCUGAACACUCAGCUCAGUGAUCCGGCCGUUAUAACUAUACACACAGAGCCGUGUCUCAGGGAGGUGCUGUCAAAGAUCGGACUUGAAGACCAUUAUGACAACAAGCUCACACUCAGCACUGUUCUGGAGAUUAAUCAAAAUGAUACAUCAGAGAACAAACUUGAAAUGGCAAAGUCACUUCCUGAGGCCUUUUUGAGGAAACUUAUGAUGUUGGACGCAAAUGCUAGAAGUGACAAAUGCGUGUCUAGUGAUGUGGACAAGAGAAACGCCAUCAAUCCUCUGGACGUGAUAACUGCGUUAGUUCUCUGUUCCGACAGCUUUCUUCAGCAGGACAUGGUUGUGAAAAUGGCGCUCUGCCAGUUUGCGGUGCCGUUCCUCAUGCCCAACUAUGAAACAAGAGAAAUCACCAUGAUGCUGUGGUCCAUGCGCGAAAUUGUUCGGACCUUCCGACCAUCCACACAGGCAAAGUUAAGCUGUGAAGAAAGAAUUGUGCUCUUUGAUAUUCCCCUGGUGUCGUUCGUCAGGCUGGGGAGGACGACCUCGUCCAAGUCUCAGAUUCUGAACAAACUGCUCAGCAACACAAAGGAGUACCAUGACAUAUUUCAUCAUCGUAAAAUGGUGUCUGGUGAUGUACCCAGGAGGAUUUCAGACGGGCUAGUUGAAAUUAGCUGGUACCUCCCGUGUGGGAUCAGGAACAUAGACAAAUUCCCUGAGCCUCUGGCAGUCACCAACCUCCGAGGAGACAGCAGGGCCUUUGAAAAGCAAUUCUCAUUCCUCUGCCAGACAUCUGCAGUUGUGUACAUCUUCUGUGAUGAAUCAGAAACUGACUUCUUCAAGAAUCUGGAAGGAAAGGAUGUGAAAGCCAAGGUCAUUUUGAUUAGCAGCGUAGGGAAAACCUUUACACUCAAAAUGAUGACAAUGAAACCGAGUUUAAAGACCACUAUUGUGGACGAGAAUAAAAAGAAUGAUGAAGAGCUGAUGAAGGCUCUCCAGAAAUCAAUCUCUGAGAUGCUAGAAAGGUCGCCACACAAACUGUCAUUGGCAAAUCUGGCUGACAGAGCUCGCUGCUGUGAUAUCCUUGUUGAUGAGGAUCGUGAUGAAUGCCAUAGUGCAUCGAAGACUGCGGGAAAAAUCACCAAACAAGUCGCUAAAACCUUCGAUUUCAAAGACCAACAACUGCCUUCCCAGGGACACAUCUGGAAAGAACUUUCGUGGCUGGAAACUGAGUGCUGGAGACUGCGAAAAAUUGGAGACCAGAACAUUAAGGUCUACCGCAAAUAUUUGAAAACAGAAGAAAAACCUCUUAAAAAGAAACUGCAAAGAUUUGAGAUGACAGCUGCAAUGCAAAGUUUCAUUCACGGGGUCACCCCAGAAGUGCAACGCUACUAUUUCCUUAAAUGGCUGGAAAUGGAUUUGGACAAUCUGUCCCGGCACCGCCUUUCAGCUUUGCAGGACAGCUACAAAGAGCUAAGCGAUAAAUUGCCUCAAAACUCAGAAAGAAUUGCAGAAAUUGACCAGCAAAUAUCAGUUUGUUCUUUACGCCUGGAGCACUUUUUCCGAGAGUGUGGUCAACUGUAUGAAUGUGCGGAUCACCUGCCAGAAGGCAGCCGUCAGAGAAAAACCAUGGAACAACUCCCCGCAAUUUGUGCUCAGAUGCUGCUGGAUGGUUUCCCUCUUGAACUCGUUGAUGGGGAUGUAGCAAACAUCCCGAUGAAAUGGAUCACCGAGGUGCUUACGGAGCUUCACCACUCCAUGCAUUCCAACAGUAAGCUCAAAGUCAUCACAAUCAUCGGAGCUGAGAACUCAGGAAAAUCGACUCUGCUCAACAGCAUGUUUGGGGUCAGAUUUGCUGUCAGCAAAGGAACAUGCACCAGGGGGGCGUUCAUCCAGCUGAUCAAUGUCAAUAAAGACGUCAGAAUGGAACUGGGGUGCGACUGCAUCAUGAUCAUCGACACCGAGGGACUGAAACCGAAUCAGAUGGUUCAAGAUGAUCACAGCCAUGAACGUGAUAAGGAGGUAGCGAGCCUCGCUGUAGCACUAAGUGACGCCACAAUCGUCAGUGUUCCCCAGGACAACUUCAGAGAGAAAGACAUCUUAGAGAUGGUGCUUCAUGCUUUCACAAGGUUGAAGGAUGUGGGAAAGAAGCCACUGUGUCAUUUUGUGCAUACCAACAUGUCGGACAUGCCUGCUGUAGAAAGGAAGAAGAGAGGUAAAGAGUUGGUGGAACAGCUCAAUGAAGUGAUCCGGAAGGACACUAGGAUGAAGAAGGACAACAUCACUAAGUGCUCAGAUGUGAUGGAGUUUGAUCCAGACACUUCCAGUUGGUACAUUCCUCCGGUCUGGCACGGGACUCCGCCGAUGGCACCUUUCAGUGUUGACUACAGUGAGACGGCGCAAGCAUUGAAAAAGAGACUGAUCCGGGACCUCAAAAAGCACCAGGGAAGAGGCGAUCUAAUACACUUCAUCAGCAAUGUAGAUAGAUUCUGGAAGGAUUUGUGAGAAAUUAAGCUGCAUCUGUGGAAUUCCCUCCCGGACCACCUGAAGGCUCCACAGGUCACAGACUCCUUCAAGAAGGGCCUAAAAACCUUUCUU